GGGUGCAGGAAACAACGUGAUCGUCUUAUUCACGAUAGUUUAGAUUUAUUCUUGACGUUGAGCGCAAACUAUUCCCGUCACGUUUCUUUUGCAAGGCGGUGGCAUCGUUCCCAGAACUGAUUCGUUGUCGCCAUCAUGGCUUCUUCUGUUCCCAACAAGGGCGCUGAAGCCAGUUCGCAAAGCGAAAACGAACAAACCUCGAAUCAUUCAAAUGAUGCAGCCGAUGGUGCGCUCUAUCCCAUACUAGAGGCUGAAGAUGCGCAAAAAAAAGGUUGGUUAUCGCAAGCUCAGCAACGCCAACAAGCUCUUACUGGCCUUCAAUCUCUGUGCAACCAAUAUUGCGUCAGCGUUAAACAACAAAAGUCAGCGUUCUCUGCUGACAACUUCUGCAAACUUCUCUCGCAAGAGAAUGCGCUCGAACUCCUUUUUCGAUUGUUCGACCACCAAUCCAAGGGCCAACUUGUUCAAUCUGAUUUCAUUGACAUCCUGAAAGAGCAUUUCAGUGACAGAGCCGAAGGAAAAGAAUUCAUCGACCUGAUCGAUACCCUAUGGUACGUGUUCGUGAAUGAAGCCGAUGUGGACAUGGACACUUUCUAUCGAAUUUUCAAAUCUAAAGGGGUAUUAGCCAAACUUUUCGUGCUGGUCGACACUAACAAGUCGGGCCAAGUGUCGGUAGACCAAGUGAUGGCUUUCUUUACUCAAUGUACUCUACAGAGGGGAACUCGUGGUGUGGAAGAGCUUCAGUCAGGCCGAGCUGAAGAAAUAUUCCGUUCAAUCGCCAAGGACGAUAGCAAGGAACUGGACUUUGAAGACUUUAAGAAGUUGAUUCCGUCUAAAAAUCCAUUUUUCGCCAAGCGCGUCUUCUGUAUUUUCGACAAGGACGGUUCUAACACGAUUUCCAUGGCUGAAUUCCGAGAAGGCUUGGAACAAUUUUGUGGCCAAAGUGAGGAAAAUAAAGUCCGAUGUCUCUUCCAAAUCUACGAUGAAGACGGGGACGGAAUAAUCAAGCUUAAUGAACUGAAAGCUGUUCUUAAAGCUUGCAUUGAAGAAAAUGGAAUGAAAUUUAGCGAACAUCAACUCGACCAGCUCACAACGGCCCUCUAUGACGAUGCACGGGCUUCGGGCAACGAUUCAGACCGUACUAGCGCAAUCGGGCUCAGUUGCGAAGAAUUAAAAGCUCAAAUGGUUAAACACCCAGGGCUACUUGAAAACCUUUCCAUCAGCUUGGAUCGUUUUCUCUUGCCGAGCGCUACUAUGACGACUAAAACAGGCCCAACUUUCAAAACGUUUUGCUCGUACGUUAAGAAUAAUGUGCCUUUCAUCAUCUUCAUCGUAGCCUACGCGAUCGUCAAUAUCGGCUUAUUCGUUAGUCGAAUCAUUCAGUUUAAAGACACAAACAUUUUCUACAUAUUGGCAAGGGCCUGCGGACAAGCAUUGAAUUUCAAUUGUUCCCUCAUUUUGGUACUGAUGCUUCGUCAUUGUAUCACCUUGUUGAGGCAAAUCGGUUGUGCUAGUUUCUUACCGCUAGACCAGCACGUCUAUCUCCAUAAGGUGUGCGGUGUUGUUGUAGCCGUCCUUAGCGCCGUACACACGUUGAUGCAUUGCAUCAAUUUCCCCCUGAAUGUUGCUGGCGAACUCGAGUCAGGCUGCCGGGGUAAAAAACUUGAAACACACGACGCAAUAGAAUGGCUUUUUACGACGGAACCGUGCCUGUUUGGAUUAAUUCCCGGCUGGGCGAAUUUGACCGGAUGGGCACUUGUUGCUAUUCUGACUAUUAUGGUUAUCUGCUCUCUUCCGUGUGUUCGCAAAAGUGGAUUUUUCGAAGUGUUCUACUGGACACAUUUACUUUACGUGCCCUUCUGGGUUCUUCUCAUUCUCCACGGCCCUAACUUUUGGUACUGGUUUAUCGGUCCCGGUAUCCUUUUUGCCAUUGAAGGGCUUGGUCGAAUUCAACUUCGUUUGACGGGCAAAGGUCGUACUUUCAUCAGUUCAGCCAUGCUUUUACCGUCUCGCAUCACCCACUUGGUAAUUCGCAAACCGGAGCGAUUCCACUUCAACCCCGGUGACUAUGUCUACGUCAAGAUUCCAGCCAUCACUUCUACCGAGUGGCAUCCAUUUACUAUAAGCAGUUCGCCCGAGCUACCAGACGUUAUGUGGCUCCAUAUCCGCUGUGCUGGUGGUUGGACUAAUAAGCUGUACGAGUAUUUUGAACGAGAACAAGCCAAACUGUGUCUCAAGCAGUCGGCAGAGAGCCCAUACCGUAAUGGGCAGACUGCUUGCCAACAUUGCAUGCACGUCCUGGAGAAUAAGACCUCAUUUCCGACGCAAAAUAUCAUGAAGGGAGUUAGAAGACUUACCCGAACAUUUUCGACCAAACAACCUGGGGAUUCCUACGAUCAGAUGGAAUCUUGCCGUAUGACUUUGAGAUCAUUAAAGGGCAAUGAGAACGUAACUUUUGUGGAAAAUAACGAUACUGAUGUGUCUCGAAGUGAAUAUGGAACAUUAACCACAUCCACUAGCAGGCCCCAAGUAUCCGAGACUCAUGCGGCUAGUUCAAGCGGAGAACCACACGAAGAGAGGAUCUUGAGGGAUACCCAUCAGUACCGACAUGUGAGUCAUAAGCCCCGCGCGAUGAGCAUCAUGGUCCCGAUUGAUGAAGCCUCCGGAAACAACAAGAAAAGUUCGGAACUUCGAAAGAGAUCAACGCCUCGUGUUUCUUACGCUCCCGAAAGCGUACGAACGAGGCUCACUGAGUCCGCUUCGCGUGAUGAAAACAAAACUGAGCAACCAAGUAAAGACGGACGACACAACACAGUCGAAGGAGUUCACAUUUAUUACCCGCUAGAAAUUGCCAUCGAUGGACCUUAUGGAGCCCCGUCCAGUCAUAUCUUCCGUGCCCAGCACGCAGUACUCAUUGCGGCCGGUAUCGGCGUGACUCCGUUCGCCAGUAUUCUACAAUCGAUCAUGCACCGCUACUACGCCAGCCGACAAACAUGUCCACGAUGUCAUCAUUGCUGGGUAUCGCAAAUGCCCGAUUCAAUUAUGAAUCUAAAAAAAGUCGACUUUUUCUGGAUCAACCGUGAUCAACGCAGUUUCGAAUGGUUUGUUGACAUGCUCUCCCAGUUGGAAAAGGAACAAACUGAAAUGGGUGGCGUAUUGGGCCGGUUCCUCGAUUUGCACAUGUACAUCACUAGUGCUCUGAAAAAAACGGAUUUGAAAGCUGUUGGAUUGCAAAUGGCUCUCGAUUUGCUUCACGAUAAGGAAAAGCGUGAUUUAGUGACGGGACUAAAGACUCGCACGAACGCUGGAAGACCGAACUGGGACAAAGUGUUUCAAAAAUUAGUUGACGAGGAUAGGGGAAAAGUAACUGUUUUCUACUGUGGUCCUCCACAGUUGGCCAAAGAACUGACAAAGAAAUGCAACGAGUUUGGCUUUGAUUUCCGCAAGGAAAUCUUUUAAUUAUGCCAUCAACUAAUUGAAAUACAUUUCUGACUUUACUGCCCA